UGGCCUGGAAUUGGAUCGUACGGUGACCCGAUAAGCCACUCUCGUUCUCAGGCUUUCACGUUGAGGAUAACAUUACAGAGGGAGGUGACUGAGAGCUCGAUACAUCAAAGAAAUACAGCCUGAAAAUGGCUUCAGUAUCUCUGGCAGCAUCCACUGCAUCAACGCCAUGGCUAACAAACAGAGGCUUUACUAGUCGCAUUCCUUCAGCUUCUCUCUCAAUCCUCACUGGUUCUAGGAGGAGGAGCUCUUCAUCUCUUAAUGUGGCUGUAGGUGUAAACGCAACUCGUUUUGGGUUGCUUCACUGUUCCUUCGUUCCUUCUUCUUUGUCCCUCGCGUUUCCUUCUUCUUUUUCAGGUUUGUCCUUGGGGUUGGGUCUAAAUUGUAACAUAGGGGUUAAGGAGGCACGUCGAGGCCUAGUGGUGAGAGCUGGGAAGGCAGCUCUUUGUCAGACCAAGAGGAAUAGAUCUCGAAAGUCUUUGGCACGGACACAUGGCUUCCGCAGGAGAAUGAGAACCACUAGCGGCAGAGCUGUACUGAAGCGCCGACGUGCCAAGGGAAGAUGGGUUCUUUGCCCCAAGUCCAAUCCUAACAGUGGGAAACGUGCUUAAGGGUUUGGAAAGAGACUUCAUGAGUUAUGAUGGUUCCUGCUACAUUGAAAA